AUGAUCAAUGGGUGCCCGAAGCAUUCCAUUGACAUUGGUAUAGACGACGAUGAGAUUGUUGAUAUUAUCCAGUUCCGUCAAUUGCUAGCGCUAGUCACCAAGAAAGGUGUUUACGUUUAUCACCUGUACACGUUGCUACCGUUGGCGAGCCACGUCAGAUCCGGACCGUCUUUAGAAAACAAUGGCCUCAAUGUCAAGGCGAAAAAGAAGCUCAUAAAUGAAAGCUCGUUGCAGAGGCAGUCCACGGUCAACAUUUUUGUCCAAACAGAUGAAAAUUUUUUGAUAAUAUACCAGGUCAAAAUCGAGCAUUCCGCGUCCAUAUAUGAGAUCCAUAACGACAAGAGCGAGCUAAUCCAGCUGGGUUUACCUUCGAGCCUGGCGGAGCCGGGGUUGUCGAUCGCAAAUUUUAUACGAACGGCGACAAAGGCCCUCAUCCACGGAACGGAAGACCCGGCACCAAACUUGGAAAACAUCGAAAGCUCGCAGAAUGCCAUGAAUGAAGACGAGCUCGGGAACUUUGAAAUUGAACCUAUAAAGCUCUCAGUUUACAAAAUAUUAAAGAUUGGCUCGGGGAAGCAAAAGUUUUGGCUACAAUCGGACUCCCACAUUUUGUUUGUCUUUAAUUAUGAAGAUAAACAACACGAACAGUGCCAAAACGAUUUUUUCCAGGUGGUUAGACUUUCAAAUUUUGAAAGCAAACUAAUCGACUUGAAAAGCUAUGAUUGGUUCACAGCAAAAGUCAAGUCUGUCACUUACAAUCCAUACUUUGACUACUUUUUGAUGCAGAACGAAAAGAACGAGAUUUGGCAGCUUCGAAUCGAGGAUUUUGAAACCACGGCGACCCCACUUGGACGGGGAAAAGCUUUUAACAGGCUCGUGUUUAAUCCGCGCGCAAACAUUUAUCUUGCGACUAAUGACAACUCGGUCGAGCUCUGUACACUCUUGGCGUUGGCGACUAAAGUUGAGAGCUUGAAAAGAUUCAGAGUGCAGGCCUCAUCGAUCCAAUGGUCGGUUUGUGGCAAAUUUUUCACCGUCGUGGAACUGUCAGGCGACUGGAGAGUUUACAGCAAGUUUGGAAGUGUGCUAUUCAAUACGGCAGAAAUCUUGAACGAGUUGGAUGACACUGGUAGCGAGAGCAGGGAUUUUUUAAAGGCAAGGUCCGUCCUUAUUUCAGAUGAUCUGCUGACUAUAUUCGUAAUCCCUUCCAAUGGGGGAAAAAUAUACUAUGUGCCACUUUAUAACUGCUGCAACGACAUUUUCUACGACCAAUCAUACAUCACUUUGAUCACAGACUCUCGGAACUUUCUCAGAGCUCCCAUCCUACCAAAAUUCAAAAAAAUCAUUCAACAACGCGACAAUUUUGUAUCUAAUAAUGAUUCCAAGCAAGAAGUGAACAACGGUGUUUUCACUCUAUCAAAGAGCAAGCGCAACCAGGUGUCGAUCUCCUAUGGAAACUACUUGGCCGUGUCUACUCCAGUCGAGACAGCGGGACAAACGCUCCACACCCUUUGGUUCAAUGUGAAAAACCAUCUAGUUGAAGCAAUCAAUGUCGUCAACCAGCUCUGGUUCAACGACUACUUGAUUGUCGUGAACAGGCGACAAAAGCUCGUUUUGGAUGAAAACGAUGAAGAGCGCGACCGAUUGGUAGACGAGUUGCUCGUGUAUGAUUCUUCUAAAACCAAAUACGGAAUGGGCGGAGAAGACACAAGUCUAAGCAGUGAUAACAUCUUGUGGAAAUAUGACUUUAAGACCACCUUUGUCGACAUCCGAUUAGUAGAGGACGGAACUAGCUCGCAUGUUGUGAUUUUGACUAGCGAUCACAAGAUUGUGGUUCUCGACUUGGAGAUGGAUAAAACGGUGGGGUCUGAAUCUCAAGCAAAACAGUACAAGAUAUUCAUCUCCAUUAACAAGACAAUCCACCUCGCCUCGCUCUCUCACAAGAUUGACUUGCACACGGCGAUACAAAUCAGCAUGAUCCAGAAGAAACACUUUUUAUUUUUGCUCAACCUGGGCGAGUUGUAUCUACUUCGCAACCUGAGUCGGAAAUCCUCGCUAGUGGGAAGGCCAGUUGACGCCCUUCAGCUAACCAACAGGUAUGACUUGAUCAAGAUCGGCAAGACGAUUGAGUUUUUCAAAUUCAAGACAAUUCUAUUUGAGAAGCCGACCGAGUUUAUAUUCUUAUUCGAUGGGCAGCAAAUCAUAAUCCACGAUGUGGAUGAGUUGGUGGAGAAAGCUAAUCAUCUUCAUCUAAGUCACGAAGAGGACGAGAUGAAAAACUCCGACGAGGAGCCAAGCUUAUCACCAAUCAUCAUUGAAAGCGAAGACAUGAAUCCGUACGACAUUGAAGCAUCCUCGGAGAGAUCUAUUAAUUUGAUUGGAUUUGAAAACAUGGUGGUGAAAACCCAUAAAUCCGAUAACUUGGUUUAUUUGAAAAGGCGAGUGGUGCAUAAACUCAUUUUGAACAACUUUAUCGAGUUUGACUUGUUGCACAAGGGAGACUUGCAAAGCACCUACAACAAGUAUAAAAAUUUCAAAAAUUUCCAAUUUUGCUUGGAGUUACUUUUAUUCAAGCAUUUAACAGAUGAUAACCUGUCGCUAGCAUUAAAGAGACUACGCCAAUUGAUUGAGUUUACGGAAAGCUCGGAAUCCAUCUACAUCAACUGCUUGAGAAAGAUUGAGAUUGGAUACUGGGGGAAAUUCUUUGAAGUCAUCAACGCCACGCCGGAAAUGUUUAUGAAUCGCCUCAUCAAGCUCGAUGACGUGGAGCUAUGCUACAAUUACCUUAUAGUGUACUUGAACUACAAAAGAGAAGGGGAAGGGGAAGGAGAAGGAGAAGGAGAAGGAGAAGGAAAAGGAGAAGGAAAAGGAAAAGGAGAAGGAAAAGGUAACGAAGUAAAUGAUUCUUCGCUCAACAGUGACCAAUUGAGUAAAUUUGACAAACAAAUCAUUCUCAAAAUCGUCAAAAUGCUUGAAAAAGCAGGCAAAUGGGACUGGUGUUUUGAAUUGUGUAGAUUCUUGAAAGUUCUCGAGCCAUCGGGCCAUCUUUUGGAAGAGGUAAAAGCCGCCCUUGAUGGGGAUGUAUAG